UUGCAUGUCAUUAUCUUAUACAGUGACACAUAAAUAUAACCAAACUAGAGGCUUAAUAAGAUCUCCAUGAUAAAUAUAGAGUGUGCAUAUCUGUAUAAGUACAAUUUAUGACAUCUAACUAAACAAAUUGCAACCGCAAGGAACGCCACGGAAUCGAACACAGAAGAAGUUUGACGUGGGAGAUCUGCCAACUCGACAAUAUUGAUAUUGUUCUCUUCGUGGCUACUUAGAAGAGACAUUCAACAAGCAUAGUGGUGACCACAAUGGAAUGAGAGAUCACAAAGGGAUUCAAGAACUUUUUUUCAGAGUUCAAAGGCCAUCUGGACUAGAUGAAGUAAUAUCAGAUUGUAUCAAGUCGUACCAUUAUUCCAAUAAACGUUGUGGGACUCCAUCAAGAUCAGAUGGACCAAUGUCGGGCAGUCUGCCCAUUUAGGAUGAAGUUCCAAUGGCGUUCAUUUGGAUACAAGUCAAAGGUGGUGGUGUUGUGCUCUGUUGCAAACUUCAUCAAUGCGGCAGACAGAGUGCUCAUGCCUCUGGCCAUUGUGCCUAUGGCUAAUGAAUACAAAUGGAGUCUCUACUGGCAAGGAUGGAUUUUAUCUGCAUUUGCAUUUGGUUACUUCACAAGUCAGAUAAUCGGGGCCAAUGCAGUAAACAAAUAUGGAGGGCGGAGGGUGCUGUGUUUUGCAGUUUUGUUGUGGUCGCUCUCUACCAUUGUAACACCUUUGGCCGCUGCUUACUUACCGGCCCUAAUUACUGCAAGAGUUAUUUUAGGUUUAGGAGAAGGACUUGGAUUACCCACAAUAUUCCAGUUAUUUGCACAACACAUUCCACCUGAUGAACGGAGUAGAGCUUUUGGUUACAUGGUUGCUGCUGGGUCAGUGGGACAGACUGUUGCAUCCUUGUUUGCACCACACUUGGACUGGCAUGUGUCUUUUGAAAUAUUUGGAUGCAUAGGACUGUUAUGGGUUGUUUGCUGGCUGCUAACAUACCAUGAUCCACCAAUACAUGCAGAUGAAGAAGGACAGCAACUUCUUGAGAAGGAAGUCAUGUGUGUUUCCUGGAUAGAAUGGAUAAGUCACUGGUCAUUAUGGUCCAUUUAUAUAGCUCACUUUGCCAUGAACUGGAGCAACUACAUCAUAAUGCAGUGGCUGCCAACCUACCUUUCACGAACGUUAGGGGCCAACAAGGAGAGUAUGAGUCUCACAGCAGUGCCUUAUAUAAUCAGCUCACUCUGUGGAGUAGCUUGGGGCCACAUUGCUGACCAGAUGAUCAAUGUUGGGUGGCCUGUCCUGAGAGUACGGCGCUUAAUGACCUUUUUUGGACUUGUUGGACCGGGACUGUGUCUUGCUUUCUUCCCUGAAGUCUCUAACCUGGUGGUUGCAGUUCUGGUGAUAUCACUGGCUAUGGGACUUUGUGCUGCUAAUUCAUCUGGACACUUAAGCAACCAUGCAGAUGUAGCACCAAAUCAUGCUGGCAUUACAUUUGCCAUUUCAAAUACUAUAGCAACAAUACCAGGAAUUUUGUGUGGUCCACUGACAGCUGAAUUAGUGGUAGCAUCACAUGGUCGCUGGUUUCCAGUUUUCUUCCUUGCAGGGACAAUCAACUUCACAGCUGCUAUGAUAUACUAUACUCAGAGUUCUGCAAAGCCUGUUCUAUGACACAAAGAAAAUUUACAUAGCACAGAGAAGUGAUUACAUCUCUCUUUUUAUGGUAGUUGAUACUGACAGACACUGACACUAUGGUGCAGAAAAGUGAAUAUAUUGUAGUUUUUAUGGUGGUCGUCAAGAACACUCAUAGCACAGAAAAAUGAAUAUAUUUUACUUUUUACAGUGAUCUUCAUUACACUUAAUUACCAUAAUUUCAAGGGAUUCAUGGUUCUGAACAAAUUUGUACUAGUAUAUAUACUUCAUCCCGGAUAUUAUUUGUUUCUAGCAUGUGUCCUUCUUUCAUGGAUUAUGUACAUAUUUCAAGAUCAGAAAGAUGCAAAAUAGAAAUAAUUACCUUCACUAAGGUAGUUUAUUCUAUAUUAUUGUGUGAAUAAUUUCCCUUCUCUUUUAAUAGUAUAAGGAAUAAGGAGUUGUAUUUCAUGUUAGGAUAAGUUGCAUAUGUUCAAUAUGAUAUCAUAAGUAUUUAACUUUUAAAUCAGUGUGCUGGUGGUACAGGACCUUAAGAAAUAUCUUUAGGAAAUAGGAUCAUGUGUUCACUCUGUCUUUUUUUCUUUUCAUUUGGGGGUGCCAAAAGAAUACAUGCACUUUUUCAAAUUCUUGCAUUUAACUUCCAAACUUUUAACAACUUGUAACUGAUGAAAAAAAUACUGUGAUAUUGUAUCAGGUGUUCUAGAAGAUAUGUAAAUGAUAUUUUAUUUUUAUUUUUAUUUUUAACAAAAUGUUAGUUAAAGAAAGUUCUCUCUCCAUAAUAAAUGCAGUUGUAAUGGUUAUUCACAAGGAUGGCUUGAUUGAUUAAAAAUUUGAAAUGAGGUAAUUUACUGAAACAAAUACACCUUUAACUUUGCAGCAAUAUAUGCCUGAAAGAAAAGAUUAAAAAUGUAAACAAUAAUAUUUUGAUUUUUUUAUUUACAGUUAAAGAAAUGAAAAAAUAUAUAAACUAGUAAAAUGUAAACGUGUAUAUUUUGAUAUAGCGUGUGCUUUAAAAUAAAUAUUUAUUUUGUGUAUGUGUGUGUUUGUGCGUGUGCGUGUGUGUGUGCGUGUGCAUGUGCUUGUGUGUGUGCGUGUGCGUGUACGUAUUUGUAUGUGUGCGUGUGCUUAUUUGGUUUUGUUUGUUUGUUGUGCAUGCAUGUGUGUAUUCUUGUGCGUGUGUUUCUGUGUGUUAAGAGUGUGUGUGUGAGUGUGUGUGCGUGUGUGUCUGUGCAUGAAUGUAAAUGUGAAUGCAAAUUCCAUUAAACUGUAAAUAAAUUUCACUUCAACAAUAUAAUAGGAAACUGUACUAUACUUGGAAAAAUUUAGUACAUCAAAUGUGUGUGUCCAUCUUUGGUAUAUAUAUUUCAUAGCUUUAUAAUGUAUAUAGGAGUGAACAUAUUUUAAACGUGUUGCUCGUUUGCCCAAGGGUCCAGAAUUGUAUUACUGAUAUUUUUUUUUGAGAUAAAAUCUCAAAACUUUCUAUUAGGCAUAAUAGUAGUUGUAAAAGAAAUGAGUGUUUGGUUACUUUAUAAAACAAAAAGAGAUCUAAUUUAUUGUACUAUAAAAUGAUAAAACAUUUUUACAUUGAUUGUAUUUCUAAUAGAAACGUAUAUUAUGAUAAAUUAUUUAGAUUUUCAUUAUCCUAAUAUAAUAGUACAUGGAUUUUUGUAAUUGUCUUUUCAGCUGACAGCAUUUACAGCAUGCUAGCUAUUAUAACUAUGAACAGAUAUUCAUGUAUAUAUAUAUUUAACAAAUUAUUUGCACAAAUUUAUAUUUCUAAAACAUUGGAUGAAAAAAAAAAAAAAAAAGCAUAAGCAACAUAUGAUGGGUCUAACCAGUUAUGUUCAAAAGUGUAUCUGUAACCUCUAAUUGGAAAAGAUACCUCCUUUGUGCCUCUCUGUAAAUAUAUAUAUAUGUUUUUUCCUAUUUACUUAUUUUUGUAGAAAGUGAUAUACAUGGAAGAUUACUUCACAGCACAAGAUGUAACUAAAGUGUUUCUGGUACAUUAUUAACAGAAUUACUUGUAAUUCUGAUAAAUUUUUAAUUACAAAUGCAUCAGUGACAUCUCUUGCUUUAUGAAGUUUUAAUUCACAUUUAUAACCUUUUCUACAUUUGUCACAAACCCUUCUUGCUUGUACACCAGUAAAUUUAUUACUGCCUUUAUUUUCAAACUUUAAAAUAUUGUUUAAUCAAUCUGGUUUUGUAUUAGUAUUCAUCUUUUCUUUAUGUUCACACGAUAAAAUUGUUAAUCUA